GUUCGGGGAUCCUGGAUGCAGUUAGCUCGCGGUGAUCUGUGUGUCAAAGAGAGCAUAUAUGAUGUUAGCAAUGCCACCUCUGAGAUGUGCUGCCCCAAAUGGAAAGGCACCGAACUUACGUUAAAACCUGAGCUAGUGUUACACAGUUAUAUUCAUUCGCUUGAUGCAUGGGUUCGUUGUGUACUUCUUUAAACGACAAUGGCAAGUUCGGGCGGAGAACCGAAGUGUGGCGGAAAGUAGCGGCUGACGUUCACAGCGACAGGGCACUCAGGACAGGUCAUGUCUCUUCGGCUACUUUCGUGGCUGCUGCUGCUGCUGCUCCUGGAUCUGUUCCGACAUGAAGUCCUGGGAGCUCAUGCAGACCCGGUGUCGUUACCCAGUGCUGCACGCACAUUGGUUUGGGGACCCGGACUCGAAACGAACGCCGUCCUUCCUGCUCGGUUCUUCUUCGUGCAGGCGGCAGACAGCUCGGGGAGAAAUUUAACAACGUCGCCCGGUGAGAAGACCUUUGAGGUCAAGAUGGUGACCCCAGUGGAGGAGUUCACCAGAAUUUGGAUCCAGAUCCUGGAUCGUCACGACGGCUCCUUCCUGGUUCGCUACAGAAUGUACGCCACCUACACGGACCUCCACAUCCACAUUCUGCUCAAGGACAAGCAUGUGGCCAAGUCACCGUUCAUUCUCAAAGGCCCAGUCUACCAUGAGGGCUGCGACUGCCCCCAGCCCAGUGGUUCUGUAUGGGAGGCCCACAUGCACUGUCCUCAGUCCUUCCCUCAGAUAGACCAGGACCUGGCCAUCUAUUCGAGUGUUGACCCAGACGUUAAUGCGCAGGAGAUCCCGCAGCGCUUUGGACAGAGACAGAGCCUCUGCCACUACACCGUUAAAGACAACAGGGUCUACGUUCAAACCUUUGGAGAGCAUGUCGGUUUCCGUAUCUUCAUGGACGCCAUCCUAUUGUCACUCUCCAGAAAGGUGCAGCUCCCUGAUAUUGAGUUCUUUGUGAACCUGGGUGACUGGCCGUUGGAGAAGAGAAAACCCACUGAGAGGAUGCAUCCCAUCUUUUCCUGGUGUGGCUCUAACAAUACCAGAGAUAUUGUCAUGCCCACCUAUGACCUGACUGAGUCUGUCCUUGAGACCAUGGGAAGAGUAAGUCUGGACAUGAUGUCAGUGCAGGCCAACACGGGGCCGCCGUGGCCGGAGAAGGACGCCACGGCCUUCUGGAGGGGCCGGGACAGUCGGCAGGAACGCCUGGAUCUGGUCAAGCUCUCCAGGGCUCAGCCCGACGCGAUAGACGCAGCUUUCACCAACUUCUUCUUCUUCAAACAUGACGAGGGCCUCUAUGGGCCGCUGGUCAAACACGUCUCUUUCUUUGACUUUUUCAAGUACAAGUACCAAAUAAGCAUAGACGGCACUGUUGCCGCAUAUAGACUGCCUUACCUCUUGGCCGGAGACAGUGUGGUCUUAAAGCAGGAUUCUGGCUACUACGAGCAUUUCUACACUGAGCUGCGGCCGUGGGAGCACUACAUCCCUGUCAGGGCGGACCUCGGAGACCUGCUGCAAAAGAUCCAGUGGGCUCGUGACCACGAUGGAGAGGCAAAGAAAAUUGCACUGGCGGGUCAGCAGUUUGCUCGCAAUCACCUUAUGGGCAACAACAUAUUUUGUUACUACUACAAACUUUUUCAGGAGUAUGCCAAACUCCAGGUCACAGAGCCCAAGGUUCGAGAAGGCAUGGAGCAUGUAGAGCAGCCCAGUGACGAGAUGUUUCCAUGUUCCUGCCACAGGACGAGGGUAAAGGAUGAACUUUGAUUGACCCGGGAUCCAGUUACAGAGCAACCCUUCAUAACUGAUGUACUGCCAAAUAAUGUCUGUUAAUUAAUUGUAUGACUAUGAUAUGAAUAUUGAAUAUCUAAUUUUUUUAAAUAAAUCUUUGUUUUGUAUAUUAAAA